UCGACAACAAACGCUGUGUUGGAAUUAUGUGAGGUGCAGGUUUUUGGAUGUCCGGUAAAUCGUUUUGGAUCUACCUGUUCGGGAAUAUGUCACUGUGGUGUGGGUGGAUGUGAUCCUGAUACCGGACUAUGUGACGUCACUGGAUGUCAGAGUGGAUGGAUGGGACCACACUGCUCUGAAGAAUGUGGAAGUGGCAAAUUUGGCAUGAACUGUAACCACACGUGUCAUUGUUCACAACCCGGAUGUGAUAGAGAAAAUGGUAGCUGUGUGGUGCCAGGAUGUGAAGCCGGAUGGCAAGGGAGAGCUUGUGAUACGAAGUGCGAAGCCGGCAACUUUGGCGAGAACUGUUUACAGACAUGUCACUGUGCUUUACCGGGAUGUGACCAUUUCAACGGGAGCUGUACACAGCCAGGAUGUGAUUCUGGAUGGACAGGAAUGGCUUGUGAUAAGG